UUUAAAUUUAAAAGUCCAUUUACAAAAUCCUGACGUCAGAAAGAAAAACGAAGUUUCACUAUAUUUGGUCCAUGGUUUCGCGAAUAUAUUGAUUUUUUGUGUGUAAAAUUGACUGUCGCCCGUCGCUGUUAGCAGAGAGGCGCUAAAAUCAAUGAUUUUAAUUAAUGUAAAAUUUUUCCUGAAAGUUGAGAGAUUUCAUUAUUGUAAUCAACGUAACUCUACGAUCAAGACAGCUAUUAUUUAUCCGUUAAGUAGAAGGGCUUGCUUUUUGUUGAAACAAAAUUUGUUUGCUUUCAGAAUUAUUAUUUUUUUUUUUGAAUUCAAGCAAUAUUCUCCUACUCACAUAAGAACCUUUCUAAUAAGUCAAAUGUACGUAUGUAUCAGUGCAUAAAGCAUUAUAGUUCCAACUUUUUUCGUAACAUACCAGUAACCGUACUAAAUCAUAAAGUAGUGUAGGCAUUGCCUUUAAGAAGAAAAAUACUGUGUUAAUCCUGAGUAAUCCUAAUAUUUAGUAUUAGUGGAUAUAGUACAUAACUAAAUUUCCGAUAACCCCUUAGUACUUAGCUAAUUUUUAUAUGUUAGUACUUGAUAUGAAUAAUCAAUGUUCUAAGCUAAGUUGUGAACAACUUUAUAUAAUCAUUUAGACAUUUUUAGUGCAUUUUUUACUAACACCUAAUGCGGCUAUAAAUACUUAUACCAUACCUCGAUUGCAAUAUUUGUUUAAAUAGAUACUAAAUACACAAAGAGUAAAUAUGUAUGUAUCUACGUAUAAAUAUUUGUGUCUAUUGGAUAUUUUUGUCCCUACUAUCGUUGUACAUCUACAAAAGUAACAAAAAUUAUUUUAUGUCGUCUCAUCAACGCUCAAUGUUGUUGUAAGUUGUUGCACUGUCUCUGGCUAAGAGACAAAAAACGUUUAAACAUAGAAGAUUAACUGGAUCAAUUCUUUCAAAUCCUCUCUUUUCAUUUCCGCUCCACUGAACUGAAAAAAAAAAAAUACAAAUUUCUGCGAAAAUAAAAUUCAUAAAUGUGCGAAUUAAAAUUUAUAUUCAAAUUGUUUGCUUAAAUAUGAUGGCUGUAACGCAACGCAAAAUGGCGAAAACCCUCUAUCUAAAUACAUACAAACUUAAAACAAACAACCAAUUUUAAAAUAACGCAAACUUGGAUUUUCUGAAUGGCUUUCAUGGAUGAUUGCGUAUUGCAAACGACAACAAUCUCAUAUAUAUACAUACUUAAUUGCUGAUGCGGUCCUUCAUUACAAACAAAUCAAUCAAUCAACCAAAACGCAUUGAAUCAUCAACCACCAUCGAUAUCAUCAAACAACAAACAAUCUAUACAAAUGCAUCUGUUUGUUAAUUCAAAACAUUCAUGCCAUACAAAUUCAUUCGCGCUUGAAUAAUUGCACUCAAAACAAAAAUGAAAAAAAAAAAAAUAUCGCAUAACCGCUGCCACCGCUGGCCACAUGCCCGACCGUCACACUCGUGCACGAUACAAAAAACCCAAUCGAUUUAAUCGAACGCUUACACACGCCCCACCACCACCACCACCCCCACACUCACAUACGCGAUCAUGCGAUUCAUCAUAAUUUAAAACAAAAAAAAAUCCAAAAAAAUAUAUGCAAAUUAGAAAAGCGCGAAAGUCGCAAUAGAUCAAUAAAAAAUUGGCAUCGUUUAACCCACGCGCUACGACGGUCCUCCACAGGGCACAAUCUCUCACAGACCGAUGGGAAUAGCACCGACGACGGCGAGUCAACCAGCGGCGGCGGCCGCAACCCGGCCACCACCGGCGCCGGCUGCUACCGGAACUUCGAUCAUAUGGCCAAUCUGAGGAAUUCGAAUAUGACGCAUCACUUUCGUCCAUCUGUACCUGACCAGGAAUCAGUUCCUCCAUAUAGUUAUGUCGAUACUCCGAAUGCCCACCUAACGUCCAUGACGGCCAUGGAGAGCUACAAGCGCGAACAACAACAACGCCAGCUGCAGCAGCAAUUGCUACGCGAACAGCGUGAGAAGCUGGAGCAAUUGGCGCAGCAGCAGGCGGAUACCCUCCUCACCACAUCCGUUGCACCCUUACUGAGCACAGCAGCAUCAGCAGCGGUUACAACAACAGCGGCCGCUAACACCUUGCCGAUAAUCACGGCUAAUGGCGGUGCCAGUGUGCCAAGCGGAGCCGGUAAUGCGGUUGGCUCGAGCUCCAACACCGCGGCGGCGGCAGCAGCCGCAGCAGUGGACGAUACUGCUGCCAACUCCUCACAGGCAGGUGAUAGCGUGUCGCUGGUGCCAUCCGGUCCACGGCCAUUGCAAAUGAUGAUAGCACCUGGGGUAAGUGCAAUUGAAUUUCCGAACAUUAACCACCAACGAAAAGUAAGCACCCAAAUAGCACUCGAGAAUGGCUGA